GGAAAAUUGAUUAAAUGAUGAUUCGAUUAAAUAAUCGGCGAAGAAGAAGAGUGUAGGAGGCAGAAGCUGGAGCUAGAAGAGGAAGGGGCCAAGCCGUGAGAGCUCAUGUUAAAAGGCCUGCUAAACACCAACCAACCAUUUGCACCCAUGAUAUGUCAUAUGCAUAUUGCUACCUUGAUAGUUAUAACACAACUUGCAUCAACCUAUAACUCCCGUGUUGGCGGUGUGCAGAGCCAGCUAUAGUGUUAAGCUAGCUACAGCUAUUAACUGCUAGUGAAUUUCCAUUGUGUUGUGUGCAUGGGGCAUCACUCCUGCUGCAACCAGCAGAAGGUGAAGAGGGGGCUCUGGUCUCCUGAGGAGGACGAGAAGCUCAUCAGAUACAUCACCACCCAUGGCUACGGGUGCUGGAGCGAGGUCCCGGAGAAAGCCGGUCUGCAGCGGUGUGGGAAGAGCUGCCGGUUGCGAUGGAUCAACUACCUCAGACCGGACAUCCGGCGAGGGCGGUUCACGGCGGAGGAGGAGAAGCUGAUCAUCAGCCUCCACGCCAUUGUUGGCAACAGGUGGGCACACAUUGCCAGCCACUUGCCUGGCCGGACGGACAACGAGAUCAAGAACUACUGGAAUUCAUGGAUCAAGAAGAAGAUCCGCAAGCCGGCGGUGAGCACGACGACGACGAGCUCGUCGGUGACGGCGGCGACGAGCCCCCCGUGCAGCACGGCGGCGUCGGACGCAGCGGCGGCGCUCGGCCACCACCUGCAGACGCCGUUCAGCGCGGCGGAGCACCAGCUCGACGCCCUCAUCAGCCAGAGCUGCCUAGCGCUGCCGUCGAAGCUGAGCGGCGGCGGCCAAAACUCCCCGCCGGCGCCGCCGCUGCCUCCGCACUGCCCCUUCUUCAUGUUCGACACCAGCAGCGUCAGCCCGCCGUCGUCGCUGACGUCGCCGGUGGCCCAGCUGGCGCAGCACCCGUUCCUCACCUUCGCGGCGGCGUCCAUGGACGCGCCGGGCUACCAGCUGCCUCCCCUGGUCGACGGAAUGGGCAUGGGCAUGGCAGCCAUGGAUUGCGGCUUGGGUGAGGAAAGCAGAGGCAACAAUAGCCAAGCGGCGGCGGCCAUGGCGAACGGCGGCGGCUGGCAGCAGCAGAAGCAGGAGGAGGAGCAGCUAGGGCAAGACCAGUGGGACGAGGAGUCGGCGCAGCACCUGCUGAUGUGGGACGAUGACCAAGAACUAACACCGUCCAACCUGGAAGCCAUGGAAAGUGGUGCUCACUCCCUCCUUUUUAUGGGACCAAAUGACCAUGAAUGAUAUACUAAGCUGGUGUGUGCAUAUGCAUUUUUUUUUUCAAUUCCCUCCUUGAUACCUUUCUUGAUCUGAUCUGUUCUGAUCCCUUUUCUAGCUCUCACCCGAUCGAUCUGAUCUGUCUAUACAUGAAAUAAUGAGGUUUUCCAAGGCGCAUAAUUUAUUUUGAUGGAUUUUUUUCUCUCUUUUUUUUCCAUUUUGAUUGAUUUAACCUUUGUUUUCUUUUUUGGUUUUUGGAGUGAAGACUAAAGGAGUGUGAGUUAAUUGGGUUUUUGUAAAGAGAAGUUAUUGCAUGGAUGCAUGCAUGCAUAUGUUCAUGCAUGGCAUUGCGCUUGGAGUGUAAUUUGAUUGAUGUAUCUAAGUGAAUUUAAAAUAAUAAGCAAAGAUGACACAAAAAGAGAAGCAAAAAGGAAAGAAAGGGAGCCACGCUCUUUUCCCCUUUGGAUU